UAUGGAUUACGUAAUAAUGCUAUUUUCAGUUUUAUGUUGUUUUCUGUUGAAUAAUGCAGUUUGUGUUUCAAUUUCUCGUCAGCAAUGUCGUUUCAUAACUCAGUUCUAAUAUUUUUACUUGUAUUUUCUUCAACUCUGGCUGCAGACUAUGUGAACAAGUUACAUAAAAAACCUUGGCUAGUGAGGUUUUACCCUAAAAAUACACUAUUUAAAAAGGCAGACCUUAUAGACAGGGGGUGUACAGUUUUUAUUAAAGAAUGCCCACAAGUUUACAAAAAAUUCUCAAUUUGUGCCAGACACUACGACGGGAAGUACAAAACAUUUAACAAUUAUUGCGAAAUGGAAUUUGAGAAUUGCAACAGUUGGCGACAAUGGAGUAUGAUUAAGCAAGUCAGUUGUUGAUAAUUAUUUCAAUAACGAAGAUAUCUCACUUUUUUUAUAUAUAACUCUGUAACUUUAAACAAUAAAAAUAUUGAAAUUCGA